ACAUAAUUUCUUUUUCAGACUACAAGGGCAAAUAUGACCUUUUCUCGUAUAGAAACUGCAACCAAUAAUCACCCAAAAGUCCCGCAUUUCAAUUAAACAAAUCAUUCAUUGCUCCACCCAACUGUACAUCCUGAGACAUAUCUAUAAACACCAAUACAAAUCAAGAAACACAAAAGAAUCAAGAAAAUUCUUCAAACUGAACAGCCAAAACAGAUCAACAGCAGCAAACCAUAAAGUGUUCAAUUCUUUUGUCUUUUCUCUCUUAAAAUUUCACAAAAACAUCAUCAUCAUCCUCUUAACAACUUUGUCUUCACUGAUAACAAGAAAAACCCCAAUCAAGAAUGGGGGAGAAACUCAAAGCUCCAUCAAUUUCAACAUCUUCACUUUCAGCACUAACAGUCCCAUCUAGACCCCCUUUUGAAUCAUAUUUUAAUAGUGGAAAUAUGCCCUUUUUCAGUCCAGGUCCAAUGACACUUGUGUCCUCCUUCUCCGAUUCGGAGUACCCGUCUUUUUCACAGCUACUUGCUGGAGCUAUGGCUUCUCCUUUAGCAAAAUCACAAAUCCCUUUGCCUGAAGAUGAAGAAGAAAAGAGUUUAGGGUAUAAACAGAAUAGACCCAUGAGUUUAAUGGUUGCUCAAUCUACCCCUUUCUUUACUGGUUUUAGUCCUUCCGGUUUGCUUAAUUCACCUGGAUUUCUUUCCCCACUUCAGAGUCCUUUUGGAAUGUCACACCAGCAGGCCCUAGCACAUGUUACAGCACAGGCAGCAUUUUCCCAAUCUUACUUACAAACUCAAGCUGAAUGCCAUUUCUCCUCGCAAGGGACACCAGCACAAGUAUUAGGGACAUCUGACCCAAAAGAAUCUUCUUUACAACCUCAACUAGAUACUACGCCGUCAGACCAACAGAUUAAGAAAGUUGAACUGCCACAGGUUUCUCAAUCUGACGAUAAGCCAGUCGAUAGACCAGCUUCUGAUGGUUACAAUUGGAGGAAGUAUGGGCAGAAGAUGGUUAAAGCAAGUGAAUGCCCUCGGAGCUACUAUAAAUGCACACAUCUAAAAUGUCCUGUCAAGAAGAAGGUUGAGCGAUCCAUUGAUGGUCACGUAACUGAGAUAACGUAUAAAGGCCAUCACAACCAUGAACUCCCUGAACCAAACAAACGCAGAAGAGACAGUUGUGCUCAGGAUAGUUCAGACUGUCCCAAAGUUAACGCUGAAAUUGAAGCACAUACUGAGAUAGAAAUCAACGGCUUAAAUGGGGCUCUUCUUGCUCAUUCUGAACAGAUGUCUACUGAAAUGGCAUCUGAACGUCCUGUUCCAAAUGAAUGUGACAAAAUUGAGGACACUGCAACAGCAACAGGCAAGGCACAUGACGAUGAACCAAAUGUGAAGAGAAUGAAGACAACCGUUGAGACUCCUAUUCUUUCUUCAUCAAGUAAAGCGGUAUCGGAAUCCAAGAUUGUUGUGCAGACAAGGAGUGAAGUAGACAUUUUGGAUGAUGGGUUCAAGUGGCGUAAAUAUGGGCAGAAAGUGGUGAAGGGGAAUCAUCAUCCGAGGAGUUAUUAUCGUUGCACAUAUCCUGGAUGCAAUGUUCGCAAACAUGUUGAGAGGGCUUCAGCAGAUCCUAAAUCUGUCAUAACAACAUAUGAAGGGAAACACAACCAUGAUAUUCCCAUUGCUAGAAACAGAAGCCAUAGCGGGGCCCAAGAUGGUAGUAGUCGUCAGUUGACCGAGCAAGAGAUUGCAACUUGGAGGCCGUCACAUCAUGAAAAUGUUGCUCUUCAUACCAAUGAAAUACCAGUGUGUAGGCAGCUUAAAGAGGAACAGAUUGCAGCAUAAUUUGCAUUACUUAAAAGGGAAAAGGGUGAAUAUGUUUCUUUUGUGUGACCAAUAACUGAUUAAAUCCGUUCUGAAAACUUCAUGCUAAUGCCAUGUAUCUGUACACAAGUCUCGGUAAAUGUUUGUAAAUCUUAUGGCUACUUGCCAAAGAUGUCUAUAUAUUUGUUACUAAAA